CCUGAGCCGAAGUUGGACGCUUACCCGACUGAGCCACCCCGGCGCCCCCAUCAUUUGAUUUUAUAGCUAGUCUCGUGUGUCCUGUUCUUUACCUGAGGCUACUGUGUAUUGACUGCCUAGCAGGUUUUUAAAUCACUAUGUAUUUUUGUUUGUUUUCUUGCAAUAAGAAUUUCAAAUGAUACAAAAAUCAGGAAAAGUAGAGAGUAUUCUGUGUAAAGUAGAUUUCCCUUGUUCUUGUUCUGCACCCGCCUGGUUCCCUCCCCAGUGGCCAAGGCCGUGUCUCAGUUUUUCGUGGCCGUAAUAACAUGGUGUAACAACCGUAAAACUUGGCGGCCUGCAGCAAUACACAUUUAUUUAGCACAAGAAUCCGUGGGGUGCAGCUGAUUGGGCAGGGCUUACCCGCGUAUCUACAGCGAGCUGGGGGGCCGCCGAGCGGCUCGGCAGACGCGUCCAGGCUCACACGUCUGGGGGCCAGCUGCCUGUCAGCUGAGCCGGGAGUGUCCAUGUGCCUCUGUCAUGGGGGGGGGGGGGUCCUCCUCCUCACGGUCGUGGAGAGCAAGCCCGGGGGCUGUGUCACACAAGUUCCUCCCAAACCUUUGUUUGUGUCGCACUUGCUGAUGGCACAGUGGCCAGAUCCAGUCACGUGGUUGAGCACAGACUCCCAGUGGGAAGGCGCUGGCAAGAGUGAGGAGGCCGGGCGGUUACGUGCCACGUGCUUUUCUCCAGAUUCUGGACAAAGGUGUGUGCUCUUCAAGAAGAACAGGCCAGGGAGCCUUGAAUCCGCUCCCCUUGCCCGGGCUGGGGCGAGCCUUCUGAGCAGGAUGGCUUCGGCGGAGGAGCAGCCCGGACUUAGGGCCGUGAAGGUGGAGGAGGACCGUGCCUGGGACCAGGAGACCUUCCUGCGAGAGAGCGGCAUUUCUACGCAGGAGGCCUCCCGCCAACUUUUCAGGCACUUUUGCUACCAAGAGUCCCCCGGGCCCCGCGAGGCGCUGCGCCGGCUCCGCGAGCUGUGCCGCCAGUGGCUGCGGCCCGAGACGCACAGCAAGGAGCAGAUCCUGGAGCUGCUGGUGCUGGAGCAGCUCCUGACCGUCCUGCCCGCCGAGCUCCAGGCCUGGGUGCGGGGACAGCACCCGGAGAGCGGGGACGAGGUGGUGACGGCGCUGGAGGGUCUGGAGAGGGAGUCCAGUGAGCCUGAGAACCAGGCCCCAGACGAUGCCCCUGGCCAUUCAGAAGUGCUGUCAGAGGAUGGGGUGCAUGUGAAGGCCAAGCAGGAAUCAAGAGCCAUCCAGCUUCAGGCCACGGUGACACAGCUCCAUUGUGAAUCUCUUGGUCCCCACAAAUUUGGGGAACAAGGUGCCGACGUCGUACCAGAAAGCCAGGAGUCGGCCGUGCGGCAAGAAGUUUUGAAGGAAAUGGAACGUUUUGGAAACAGCCGGCUCCAGAGAGACGCUCCCCCGGACUCCCAGUGCCGGGAAGCUUGGAAGCGGGAGAGCAGGGCGGGAAAGCCGAGGGGACGCGCCGCCGGAGAGCGACCGCACAGGUGCAGCGAGUGCGGGAAAGGCUUCGCCCAGAGCUCGGUCCUCACCCAGCACCGGAGAACCCACACCGGGGAGAAGCCCUACGAGUGCCAGGAGUGCGGGAGAGCCUUCAGCCAGCGCUCCGGCCUGGUCGAGCAUCAGCGGAGCCACAGCGGGGAGAAGCCCUACGUGUGCGACGAGUGCGGGAGAGCCUUCAGUGCCAGCAACGGCCUCAUCAGACACAGGAGGAUCCACACGGGGGAGAAGCCCUACGGCUGCGAGGAGUGCGGGAGAGCCUUCCGCCUGAGCUCGUACCUCGUCCAGCACCAGAGGAUCCACACGGGGGAGAAGCGCUACCGCUGUGGCGAGUGCGGGAAGGCCUUCAGCCAGAACGCGGGGCUCUUCCAGCACCUCCGCGUCCACACGGGGGAGAAGCCCUUCCGGUGCGGCCAGUGCGGCAAGCGCUUUAGCCGGCGGACCCUGCUGGGCAAGCACCAGAGGAGCCACACUGGGGAGAGACCGUACACGUGUGACGAGUGCGGGAAGGCCUUUGGCCACCACUGCAACCUCAUCAGGCAUUUUAGAAUCCACACCACUGCCCAACCGGACUAAUUCCCCGGACCCCCAGACUCCUAGAUGGGGCCGUCUUGGAGAGCCGGCUUUUCACGGGGCUCAUUUGGUUUCGGCCAAAUUUACGGUGCUCCGGAACGAGUAGCUCGUCUGCAGACUCGGUGCCGGGGUCUCCUGGUGAACGGCCGUGGUUGUGGGCGGUUCCGGGCACCCGCCUUCUUCCCGAUCCUUUGGUUCGUUUCUAAUGAUUUCCCUCAAGAGAGACCGAAGUCACCUGGAAAUAAAUUGCUGCGGAGGGGCUGUUCUUGGGUGAUACUGAAUGCUGAACAACUCUGAAAAACUGGUUUCUGUGUAUGUGUAUACGUUUUAAAGAUUGGGUAAAUCCAGGAGCGCCGGGGGCCUCAGUAUACUCUUUAAAGAUUAGGUAAAUCCAGGGGUGCCUGGGUGGCUCAGUCGGUUAAGCAUCUGACUUCGGCUCAGGU